GACUAGUCAGUAAGACAUGCACAAUGAAUGGAGAGGAACAAUGCAGCAGCAGAAACAGGACCAUGGAAAAGCAGCAAGAGCCUUCAUCCAACCAACCAGUGCGCGGCCAAUGGGCCAACAAAAUGGAAUUUCUCCUAGCAGUGGCCGGCCAGAUCGUUGGCUUGGGUAAUGUGUGGAGGUUUCCAUACUUGUGUUACAAAAAUGGAGGAGGGGUGUUCUUCAUUCCUUAUGUGCUGUUCCUGUUUUCCUGUGGCAUCCCACUCUUUCUGUUGGAGACCUCUCUGGGGCAGUACACGAGCCAGGGAUCAGUCACUUGCUGGCGAAAGAUAUGCCCUCUUUUUGAAGGUCUGGGCUAUGGAAGCCAAGUUGUGGUUUUGUACUCCAGCAUCUAUUAUGUCAUCAUUCUGGCCUGGGCAUUCUUCUAUCUAUUCUCCUCCUUCACACCUGAGUUGCCCUGGGCAAGCUGUCAAAACCCCUGGAACACAGGUAUUGGCACCCUCAUCUUAAUUUACAGCCAUCUUUGUUUCAAUGGCUUUCUUGUCCACAGCACUUACACAUUUUAUGUUGCAACAGAGAACUGUAUGGAGUUUGACAAAACCAGAGGCCUCAACUUAACCAUUUUUGAAAAUGCAACAUCGCCGGUGAAAGAGUUUUGGGAGCGAAGGGUUCUGAAUAUCACAGACAAUGUGUAUGAAAUGGGCAGUAUGAGAUGGGAGCUAGUCCUGUGUCUUCUUCUGUCAUGGAUAAUUUGCUACUUCUGUGUGUGGAAAGGAGUGAAGUCCACGGGAAAGGUGGUGUACUUCACAGCUACCUUCCCCUACGUCAUGCUGGUGGUGCUGCUGGUCCGGGGGCUCACACUGCCCGGGGCAGCGGAUGGCAUCAAGUUCUACCUCUACCCCGAUCCAGCACGCCUGGCUGACCCUCAGGUGUGGAUGGACGCUGGCACACAGAUUUUCUAUUCUUAUGCCAUUUGCAUUGGAUGCUUGACUGCGCUGGGCAGUUACAAUAAGUACGACAACAACUGUUACAAAGAUUGUGUGUGGCUGUGCCUAUUAAACAGCGCGACCAGUUUUGUGGCUGGUUUUGCCAUUUUCUCUGUAUUGGGGUUCAUGGCUUAUGAGCAAAAAACACAUAUCUCAAUGGUAGCAGAAUCAGGUCCGGGCUUGGCAUUCAUUGCCUACCCUCGAGCCGUCGCUAUGAUGCCUUUACCUCAACUCUGGGCCAUAUGUUUCUUCAUCAUGAUCAUUUUGCUUGGGCUGGACAGUGAGUUUGUAGGCCUGGAGGCUUUGACGACCACCAUCACAGAUAUGUUUCCCCACUUCUUCCACACGGGCAAGCACAGACGCAAGAUCCUUCUGCUCAUCAUCAGUAUAGCGAGCUUCCUCAUUGGCUUAGUGAUGGUCACUGAGGGUGGGCUGUAUAUUUUCCAGCUUUUCGACUACUAUGCCUGCAGUGGAAUGACUUUGCUAUUGUUUGCUUUUUCCCAGUCUGUAUGUAUUGGAUGGAUUUAUGGUGAUGACCUCCUGUAUGACAAUAUAGAGGAUAUGAUUGGAUAUCGGCCUUUCCCUCUGAUUAAGUAUUGUUGGAAAUAUGUCACACCAGUAGUCUGCUCUAGUACAUUUGUGUUCUCCCUCGUCAAAUACAGUCCUCUGAAGUUCAACAACACUACUGAAUACCCAUGGUGGGGUUACGCUAUUGGUUGGUGGUUCACCCUUUCAUCUACAUUGCUUGUGCCCCUUUGGAUGAUAUAUGCAAUUGUUUCUACUCCUGGAAGUCUACGACAGAGGCUUCAGACACUGUGCACUCCAUCUCGAGACCUUCGAAACCGGACCCAAAAGAACGCCAUCCACUGUCCUCAGGACCCCGAGUGUAGGGUUCCAUUCCAAAAUUCAGAGACAGUCUGGAACAAUUUCAAAGACACUGGCCCUCUUUAGAUAUCUUGGGGAAGUGUCCCUUCUAAUCACACUAAGAUCUUGUAGAACAGUCAUGAUUUAAGCUAUUUUCAUACAGAUCUCCUGUGGUUAGCUGGUGAACACAUCUGAAAUGGAGUAUGCUCUGUUUUUGGACUGUGACAAAAGAAAAGUGAUUUCAAAUUAGUCCACCAGUAAAUGUUCACC